AUGGAACAUAGCAAUCUUUAUCUGCACAAGUUUUACACCCAGCUGGGCCACUAUCCGGUCCACGGCAUCAAUGUGCAUCCGAGCAAGCUGCCCGCAUUGCAUAGCAAUAAACCGGAGCAGAUUGACGAGCUGGUCGCGGUUGAGUUGCAGCACCUGAAGACGCACUAUGCUGACGAGGAGCAGCGCUACGUGGACCAAAUGCUCAUCGAGAAUCCCAUUGUGGUGGAGCGACGUGCACCGCCGACCACACAUAUAAAUCACAUUCAGACACAGACGAAGACGCAGAGCCAGACUGGAGGCAAUAGCCGUGAUGCACAGCGUCAGCGAGCGGAGUCCUGUCGCAAGUCGCGCUACAACAACAAGAUCAAGAAGGCGAAACUGCGCUUCCGCCAUAAGUUCGUCUGCAGCCAGCUGACGGAGAGCGCGGGCGCACUGGACUACAUGCGCGACGUGAUCGCCCAGGCGGAGGCGCAGCUCAUGGCGCGCGGCUUCAGUCGAGUUGCCUUGGAGCGCAUGCGUCAGAACUUCGGCGUGGAUCGCUGUGGUGCAGCGUUAGCCACAAACAUGGACCAUUGAGAUCGGUCGCGCUGGCAUUAUAGAUAAUGCCAGUCUUCAGUUGUACAAAGAGACAGAGUCAAAG